CUCCAGGAUCAGAUCAGUCUCCGGUCUGGUUCCGGCUGCAGCCUUUAUUCUGCCGUGGCGCGACCGCGGACGCAGCUUUUGACGUCUGCGAUGAAUUAGAAAUAUAUUUUUUCUUUUACUUUUCUUAAACGGGGCUCUCUAAAGUAUUUUUGGUUGCCAGUAAAAAAACAACAAAAAAAGGCAAGCGGCUUGUCUGUCUGAAACUUGGAGAAGGAAAAUAAAUAGACGUGGAGAAGAAAUGGCAAGUCCUCCGGCGACGGGAGGACACCUGUUACCUAACGGGACGAGCGGCGUGAAGAGGUGCGGAUACCUGAGGAAGCAGAAACACGGACACCGGCGCUUCUUCGUGCUGCGCGAACCCACGGAGCGCAGCCCCGCUUGUCUGGAGUACUACGAGAGCGAGAAGAAAUGGAGGAACAAGUCAGCGGCGAAGCGCCUCAUCACUUUGGACUCGUGUCUGUGCGUGAACAAGCGCGCCGACGCCAAACACAGGCACCUCAUCGCCCUCUACACCAAGGACGAGUACUUCGCGGUGGCCGCGGACAGCGAGCAGGAGCAGGAGAGCUGGUAUGAGGUUCUGACCGACCUCAUAGCCGAGGGGAAAAUGUAUGACAGCCCCGCGUCCACGUCCUCCCUGGUGGGCUUUGAGGAAGCCAGCUAUGGGCUUAUGGCCCCCGUGACGGCCGCCUAUACGGAGGUGUGGCAGGUCAACCUCAAGUCCAAAGGCCUGGGUCAGAUCAAGAACCUCACUGGAGUGUACAGGCUGUGUUUGUCCAGCAGGACCAUCAGCUUCGUCAAGCUAAACUCCGAGUCCGCCGCUGUCAGUCUGCAGCUCAUGAACAUCAGGCGAUGCGGCCACUCGGACAGCUUCUUCUUCAUCGAGGUGGGCCGCUCGGCCGUGACCGGGCCCGGGGAGUUCUGGAUGCAGGCGGAGGACUCUGUGGUGGCGCAGAACAUCCACGAGACCAUCCUCGAGGCCAUGAAGGCCAUGAAGGAGCUCUCCGAAUUCCGGCCGCGCAGCAAGAGCCAGUCUGCCAGCACCAACCCCAUCUCCGUGCCCACCCGGCGCAACCUCAACAACCUCCCCCCGAGCCAGACGGGCCUGGUGAGGCGAUCCAGAACGGACAGCAUGGUGGCGCCUUCCUCGGGGAGAAAGUCCACGUCGUGUCGUACCAGAACGGCGAGCGAGGGGGACGGGAGCGUGACCCGGCCCGUGUCCAUGUCCAUAUGCGGGAAUGGAAGUCCGAGCUCCGGGAAUCACCUCAUCAGGUCCAACACCCUCAGCAGUGGGCGCACCUGCAGAAUGCUCGACUCCUCCUCCAGCCUGCAUCAUAGCCGGUCCAUGCCGGUUUCCAACUCCCCGCCGGGCACCUCCAGCCCUGUCAGCAUGUCUCCCAGAGGGGGGGGCAGAAUCUGCACUCCUGAUAAGGGCAGGCGGCCCUUCAGCUGCAGCGCUUCUAUCUCGGGCUCCCUCAGUGACACUGGCUUCAUGACGUGCGACGACUACAGUUCCAGCCCGGGGGAACUGCGAUUCAUCCCCCUGACCCGCAGCGACACCCCCGACUCUCUGUGCAGCACUCCCCCGUCCCGCGACAUCAGUGACCCCUGUGGCUACAUGAUCAUGGAGGGGACGAACGACGGCGGGUCUGGGGUCGGUGGCGGCGAAGGUUCGGCAAACAACAUUGCGUACAGGAAGCGGACGCACUCCCUCACUACACCGCGUCAGCAGCGGGUGGUGGCGCCGCUGUCGUCGGCCUCCCUGGACGAGUACACGCUCAUGCGGAUGGCCCAAGGACAGAACUCUAACUCCGCCUCGCCCAAAGUGUGUUACCCUGAGGACUAUGGAGACGUCGAAAUCGGUUCGUCCAGGAGCUCCAGCAGUAACCUCGCCGAUGACGGUUACAUGCCGAUGACGCCCGGCGUGUCGUCCGAAUCGGGCAAGGCGCCCGAUUACAUGCCCAUGAGCCCCAUGUGUGUCUCUGCACCAAAGCAGAUCGUGAACCCGAGGGUGCACCCCCAGACGGCGGCCGGCGGCGGCGGCUACAAGACCAGCUCCCCCUGCAGCAGCUCCCUGGAGGACAACGGCUACAUGAGAAUGUGGUGCGGCUUCAGGUCCUCUGCUGAGAGCCCGGACAGGCACGGCGAAUACAUGAACAUGUCGCCUGGGAACCCUCCUCCGCUGCAGACACCCCCCGACUACUACCUGGGCCAGCAGGCUGGGGAACCGGCAAAGGUGAGGUCGGCGUACCAGGCCGGCUCCCUCACGCUCCCGGCUAAAUUGCAGGCCUCCAAUAUUGAGGAGAGCAGCCAGUAUGUGCUGAUGAGCCCGCAGAGCUUGAGGCAGAGGGCGGGGGAGUCCGACUAUUAUUCAGUAAUGCAGCCCAAUGUGGCCCAGGGCUCCCCGCUGAGCCCCUCUGUGCCCUCCCCUGUUCGACACGGUCGGGCGGAGAACCUGCACUACAGAGGGCGGCUCGGUAGGCCCAACCGGCUGUCCCUGGACACCGUGAGGACCCUGCCCAGCAUGAAUGAGCACCCGCUGCCCGGAGAACCCCGGAGCCUCGGGGAAUACAUCAACAUCGAGUUUGCCCGAUUCUCCGUUGCCUCCACAGAGAGCCAGUCGUCAUCGGUGGGCUGUACAGUCGGGGGCCCCGGCAGGUCCUCUCUGACAGACUACAUGAACCUGGAGCUGGGCUCGCACUCGACCAAGAAAACUCCCGCUGAACGCUUGGGCACGCUCCCAGAGUUACCCAUGUGCUCGGGGGAGGACGGAGUGUAUCGUCUGGACGGUGAGAAAGGGUCUCAGGCCCGUGGCGAGGAGGUAAAAAGUGACUACACUGAGAUGACAUUUGGGAUGACCAGCUCCCCUGUGCAGCUUGUUCUUCAGAACACCGCAAGCUGCCAGAGCGGCAGGGAGAGCAGGCUCUCUCUGGAGGACCAGGGAGUCUCAGAAGGCAUUGGGGUCUUUUUGAUCGGGGCCACCUCUUCCUCCGCGGUGGACCCCGACUGCUCCGCCAAGGUGAUUCGGGCCAACCCGCAGGGACGCCGGCGCCACAGCUCUGAGACCUUCUCUUCCACCGCCACCGUGACGCCGGUCUUCCCCUCCUUCGCCCGCGGCGAUGCCAUGAAGAGGCACAGCUCGGUGGAGAACAUCUCGUCCCGGAGCAGCGAGGGCUCCGACGAGGAAUACGGCAGCCCGAUGAGCCGGCAUAGCUCGGCUGGCUACCCGAACAGGCUCAACUAUAUUGCCUUGAACCUGCUGGACAAUCGGGACGUGGAGAAAUGUGAGGAUCUGGCCAGCUUCAAACCCACCAGCAGCUGCAAAGGGGGUAUCAAUGGAUUACACGGCUCACCGUAUGUCUGUUUGGGAUUCAAGGAGGCCACAACCACUGCCAAAGAUUGAAGAAUUCCUCUAUCCUUUGAAUUGGCGACUUCACCGACCUGCUGCUCAGCAACAAACCAGAAUCCACUUUGCCCUUCCACUGGGCUCCUCGCCCCUAAAAGACUGUCUGGACCCCCGGCAACAAUCACACACACAACAAGCAGGUCACCGUCUAUGCAUGUCAUUUUGCUGAAGGCAGGACAGGUGUGUGUGUGUGAGUGGGUGGAUGUUUGGACGUUGUAUUGGUGAGUCUAAUGUUCCCUGCGCUUUCAGAGGCCAUCUCACCUGUGACCCACAUUUUGGCGCAAAUAUAUUUAGAUAGUAACAAAGCUCCAAUGGUAACCAGAUACGAUUCAUUUACCGGAGGGUGAUUUUUACAACUGCCUGUGUGAAUGCGAGUGUGUUUCUGAGACAAGGUACAACUAACAGUGAACAAAGAAACUUACCAUACAAAUUGCCCAGGGAGUGAAGAUACCACGGUACAAGGAAUAUAUAACUAUAUUUAGAUUAAUGUUAUUUAUUUUUGGAAGACGAAUAUUUGAUAGGACCUACCCAAUGCCUUAAUGCCUAUACUGUUCUUAGUUUUUUUUUUUUAAUGAAAUAAGAGAUAAAUAUUCUAUUACGGUGUGUCUGUUUUGGCCUCCAUCUCUAUAUUGUUAUUCUGUGGAACUUAAAAAGCUUACCAGUAAAAAUAUUAUUUCUGAUAUAUAUAGUAAGAGAUCUGAUUUAUUGUAUCGAUAUUAAAAUAUUUUCUUAAUUACUAAUUUCUUAUUUAUUCUUAGUUUAUUUUUGGUCCAAUCAAUGCGCUGGACUUACAGAAUUAUAUUUCUAAAUGUUGUUAAGAGUUAUGCAUGUCUUUAACUCCGCUCAGACCCCCACAAUAUUAGGCAUCUGAAUGCACUGUACCUCCCACAGUUCCUCAGUCACUUGAGCCCCUAAAACCUCACACACUCCUACCUUCAAACCUAUAUGGCUUGCCGUUGCGCUCAACGCAGGCCGCGCUGCUGUGAUAUCAUUAGACGGUACAACUGUACAGCUGAGGUGGUAAUGGAGGGGGUUGAGCCACGACGCGGGUGGGGCACACUGGAGCUGGUUUCUGGUCAAAGAGUAAGGCCGGAAGUGAGGAGACAAUCGCUGGCCAACCACAACGACACAUCUGGCACCAUUAUGGAGGUUCUUUGGGAAAACCAGCUGUCUGUAAAAUAAAGCUGUAUUUCCAACAGCAUAAAAAGUUGGAUCUCGCUGAAGAACAUUGCGUUAUUUUACAAUUUCAGCAAAGCUAUGUGACUAGCCAAGCUCACCAAGGGAAAAUUAUCUAUCUACAAUUACAGAAUGAUGCCAAAACAAAUUGUAAUAUUAGCACAUAUUGUGCUGACAUUGGCUAAUAUUAGGUACAGACUGGCUUUUGGCUACCAUUAGCCCCCUAAUAGAUGACAUUUACAACCAAUGCUGUUUUCAUUUCUUUUAAAUUUAACUUUUGAAUAACAAAAAGAAAAGUCGUAUCUCUUCCAAAAGUUGUAGGAUCUCUAAAACUGAAACCGAAGCUUUGAACCUCCGUAAUGGCCAACAGAUGGUGAGUUGACAUAAUCUGAAAGCCCUGACUGUUCUACUGGGGCGUGCACUGGGCCAACUCCAGCAGGCUAACAACCCCCUUUGGUGUACAGUGGAUUGUAAACCUUUUAACCGUGUCUGAAUGUAUCGCUGAGCUGGUAGGAACACCGCACAAACAUAUCGCGAGUAACGGUUUUCACAGAGUUUAAUAAUAUUGCAGCCGUAACAUGCUAAAAUGUGGUAUCUAUUUAUCUACAGAGCCUUGAAUGUGUAUAUUGUGUACAUAGAAAGAGUUUAACUUAAAACAAUAUAUUCAACUAGAUCAGCUAUGUUGCAAUGAGGUUCCUGUGUAAAGACUUUGGCUACAGAUUUUUAAAACGGGGAUGGGAUGUUUGCUUUGGGGUUGUACAGUAUAUUGUAUGCUUUUCUCCCUUGCAGUUUGACUAUAUGAAAAAAUACUCUGUCUAUUUUAUUAUACAGAUCUCUUUGCCUUGUUGACUCACUUUACCUAAUUGCAUAUGCAAUCGUGACAUGAAUACAAUCUAGUUUACAACAACUGUGGAACCAAAUGUAACAUUGCAUUGGUGAUUUAUUUUCUUCUUGUGGCGAGGAGAAGCUGUUUUGCUCCAUGUACUUUUCUCUUUCUGCCAUGUUUUUUGGUUUUCUUCUGGAACUUUUUUUCUUGUCUCAAAAGCGCUUUACCCAUUUCUGUGUCCACGGACCGACAGAUUGAUCUUGGAUGAACUCAAUCUGAAAGCUUUGUUGUCUUCCAUUGUACAUAAUUCAAUAUACUGUUUAUUGUGAUGCUCACAAAAAAUGAUUAUGAUGAUUUAUAAAUUCUGAUAGUCAAGUAUUGCUUUUGUCUGUAUUGAUUAUGGAUAGCAACCUACAAAAAUAAAUGCAUUUAUUUAAAGAGUUA